AAAUGUUUAAAACUAUCGCCUGAUGAAUCAUAUAACCAAAAAUUAUCAUGCAUGAAACUUAGAUGAAUCGAAAAAGAGUAGUGGGAGGAAAUGAUCCAAAACAUUUUGAAACGAUGUCAUCAUUUUCACUACAACCCAACAAUAACAAUUUUGAAUGGCAAAACGUUCCACACUUCACUCAUUCACACUCUUUCCAAUCCAAACCAAAACGAGUUUGAUGAACCCAAAUGGAAGAAUCAACAACUACAAGAAAAUCCUGCGUUUCAGAUUUCUCAUCCAUGGCCUGAAUGGGUAUACUUGAUGGAAUACUUGAUCAAAAAGGGUCAUUUUCAUGCAGAGGGUAACCCAUUUGAAAAUCCUCCUUUGGGUGCAAAAGAAUCCAAUCUUAUUAGAACUGCUUGUCUCAAUUUUGGUAGAGACCAUGCUCAUAUUUUAAGGUUUUUGUCGCGAAAAGAUAUAGGAGUUAUUGUAACAUUUGGAUGUCCAAGCUUAGAUAGAAAAGUGGUCAACUCAGGAAAGCGUCUGAGAGCAUAUGCAGGCAUUGAUGAGGGAAAUGUGUGCAGCUCGUGUAAUUUGAGGGGGGACUGUGAAAGGGCAUUUGUGAAAGCACGCGAAGAUGAAGGUGGAAGAACAGUCGAUGUUAUGCGUAUUAUUUUGACUUAUGGACUUGACCCAAUAAUCGGUUCAGUGGAUAAUAAACCAUCUCUUAAUAAAAUGGUAAAAGAAUCUGUUAGAAGACUACUGAAAAAGAUAGUAGAGUGCGGUACUGAAGAAAACCCCUCUACUUUUCCAGACAUCACAGAAGAUGCUGUCGAAGAAGUUCAUCCGAAUCCUCUAGAUAAGGGCAAAAAAGAUGUUCCAUUGAAGCAAGGCGAUUGGCUUUGCCCCAAAUGCAAUUUCCACAACUUCGCUAGAAAUAUCAAAUGCUUACACUGUGACAACUUCUGCGAGGAAAAAAUCAAGCAAUUGAAGGAGGAUAAUAAUCACUUACCUUUGAAGAAGGGAGACUGGAUAUGUGACAAAUGCAACUUCCUCAAUUUUGCAAAGAAUACAAGAUGUUUGCAAUGUAAAGAGGGGCCUUCAAACCGCCGCAUUAAUCCAGGGGAGUGGGAAUGCGAGUCGUGCAACUACAUCAAUUUCAGAAGAAACAUGGUUUGCCUGAAAUGUGAUCAUAGAAGACCUAAGGUGUCAAAUGCUUCAAACUCUUCUCCUCAAUCUCAGGGAGAAGAUAGAAACCACUAUGAAAAAAGCAGACCGACUUUUGCAGGAUAUUGGUUUGAUGGUAACAAAGAAUCACCAAUGGCGUCAGAAAGAAAGAGCAGGAACAGAGAUUCACAUAAGUGGAGAUUUGUAGAAGAAGGAAUUGAAAAUCACAAGUACUUAGAGAACUCAAAUGAUAGUUCAGAAUAUUUAGAUUUUCCUAUUGCUGGAGGUAAGACUAGCAUGUCUGAGCCACAAAGGGGAGAAGUAUAUAAGAACGAGUUGCCAAAUCAGUCCAAAAGGCAUGCGUGGCAAAGUGAAGCCGAUGAUGAGUUUUGCUCUUCUGAUAACCCGAGUACCGAUGAUGAUGAGAUGGCCGAAUGGUUUGGAAAGGGUAAGAAUUCAAGGUAGAAUUCCAGGAAGAAACGCUAUGACCAUGUUUUUUAUAUUUGUACGAGGCAUUGAAUUUUGUGGACAAUAAAAGAGCCAAUAUGUGUAAAAUACUUUAGGUUUUUUCUAUUGUGUUGAGUUGAAAGAAUAUGUUGCACCUAGGUCAGUGUCUCAGUGGAGUUGUAAAAGUUUGGCAUAUCCAUGUCAUAAGCUAUAUUGGAAAAUUAGGACUUUUUUGUGGACAAAUAGAAAGAUACAUCGAGGUUUUUCAUCUUUCUAGUUGAAGUUAGAGAAGUUUGAUUACGAAGACAAUGCUGGAAAGCAAAGGAGAACAUAUUACAAUGUUGCUUCUGAUGUUCAAAUUCUUUUGGGAUUUACUCAUUUGAUGCCGACAGAGAAUGAUUUAAUGCUAAAGCUUGUAAUAUUUUUUUUCUUCUUUCUAUUCUAAUUUAUAAGAAACUUGUGACUGUUCAAAUUACUGCCCAAA